UUUGAUCAUUCAAAAUGGCGGAUACACUCAAAAAUGGAAAGUUUGCAGACGACAUAAUAUGGUUCGAAGCUAGCUAGCUAAAUGAAUUUCUAUCACCAAGCUUUAAAAAAAAUAAUGACUGAGCAUGACGUCUGAGUCAGAUACAGACGGUGACUUGCUACUCAAGAACGUCAGCAACAUCAGGAAGAGACUUCUGCACACGGAGCGAAGCCUCCAGAUGCUGCAGACACCUCGAGAUGACACCAGGUACGCAGCAUCUUCUGACGGUGAUUCGCUGGCAGACGAAACCCUGCAACCUCUUACCUUGGACGACCUCAGCGAAGACUAUCUGGACAUCAGGUCCUCAGACAGAGGGAUCAGAUUCCCUUACAGCUUCCACCGUGACGCUGUGGCCAUGCAGGGGGCACACAGCACGCAGACUCCCGGCCCAGAGCAGCAGCUCAAAAUGAACGGGUCUGUGCAGGGUUCAGUGCCGUCUACCCACGACUUUGAAAACGAGUCGCUGAGAAAGAAGCUGCAAGCACUGAGAGAUGAAAACUCUGAGCUAGUCUCUAGUAACCACCAGUUACUCAACAAGUUGGAGAGUACUGAGUAUGAGCUACGCUCAACCAAAACCCAGCUGCAAGCUGUUAGCCAUGAAUUGGAAUCUACCAAGGGGGAAGUGCCUUCACUGCGGGACAGAGUUGCAAAGUUGGAGUCAAGCAUCCGACUAGACGACGAGGCACUCAGGUCUGCUGAUCAGAAGCUUGUGGAAUAUGAGCGCGAACUCCAAGAGAAAGACUCUCUCAUCAGACAAGGUCGAGAGGAGACCAAGACAGUCAGGUCAGAGUUGACUUUUGAGAUGCAGCAGAGAAGAAGGGCUGAAAAUCAGCGAGAUGAGGCCAUGAAGAAUCUGGAAGACCUCAGCGACCAACUGAACGAGUAUAGGAACAAGACCAAGGAGAAAUUCAAAAAGUACCAAAGCACAGAGGACCAUCUCAGAGACAGUCUGCUGCACUGUGACAAGGAGCGUGAAGAGCUCUUGGAGAAGGCCACAGCCCUGGAGGAAGAGCUACAAGAUUCCAGGGAAAACUUUAGGGUUUUGAGGGAGGAGUCGGCGCGGGACUUGGAAGCGUCCAGCCAGGACCUGCAGUCCACCAUCUCCGGCCUGCGACAUCAGCUGGACCAGCUGAGGGGGGAGCUGGACACUAAGGGCAGGGAGAAUGCGGAGCUGACAGAGCUGACGCAGCGGCAGAACGAGCGGCUCGCGGACUGCCAGCGGGACAUUGAGGCCAGCCACAGCGAGCUGAAGCGGCUGGAAGAGAUGGCACGCAAGCUGCAGGCCCAGAUGAGAAGCUCUGGAGAUUCAUCGCUCACCCUCAAUAAUGGCUACGACGUACCCCGCCCGGUACGUACUAGCAGCCCUAACUCAGACCCAGGCCAGGGGACACAUCCGGGUCAGUGGAAUAACAGCCCGGCGCCUAGCGCCCUCUCAGCCGACCAGGCCCACAACACCACCUGGAGCGACGACGUGGAUUCGGGGGGAAUUGUCGGUGCUGGAAGCAACAGGGCUCUGAUAGCACAGCUCAAGAUGAAGUUAGCCAUGAAAGAAGCAGAGAACCAGCGACUGCAGGCGGCUCGGCAGCGCGACUCCGCAGGCGUUUCCUUGGCGAGCAGCGGCACAAUGGACGGACUGCGCUCAGAACUCACUGCCCUGGUGGAGAAGAACAAAAUUGGCGACCGCAAGGCCCAGGAAUUGAGGGGCAUCAUCAACCGUCUCGAGGAGGAGCGGACGAGGCACGCCGGCAGGCUGGCGCAGUUGCAGGAGCGGCUUACAGAGCAGGAGGCCCACAGCACGGCCGUGGAGUCUCAGCUGGACCACUACAACGCCCAGCUGAAGAUACUGCAGGACGGGAUCACCCAGAAGGAGAAGCAGGUCUCCACGCUGGAGGCCGAGCUCGGGAAGAAGAACGGCCUCGUGGCCCACUUGGAGGAGCAUCUCUCUGAGAAGACGGCCUCCAUUGAGGAAUGCACGUCCAAACUAACUGAGCUGGAACAGCUACUUGAGGAGAAGAUGUCCGAGCUACGGGAGCUCCAGACCCACUUGGAACGGAAGACAGAGGAGGCAGAGCAGACCGGCGAGACACUGACCAAGGUCAAGGAGCUACACGCGCAGCAGUGUGAAGAGAUGCUGCAGCAGAUAGAAUCUCUCCUGGAAAGCAAAGAGACACUAUCCACCCAGCUUGAAAACACGAACCUGUCCAUUGACGAAGCCCAAGGUGAACUGACAACGCAACGGAAUCACAGCAAACAGCUCAAAGAGGAAUUGGACAAGACCAGAAGGGACCUUGAAGACAAGACCAGAGAGCACAGCGAGGCCACGCAUUCCUUACAGCUCCAGGUCAAGGAUGAUGCCUACCGCAUCUCACAGCUGGAGGCUGCGCUUGUGGUCUGCAAAGAGGAGCUGACCGGCUACAUAGACAGACUGGACGACAUGAGGGACAGACAUGACAAGGAGCUGCAGACCAAGAAGAGUGAGAUAAGGAAGCUGGAGAAGCAGUUAGAGCAGGCCAGGGACCAGCAGGCGCAGAGUGCCGAGCAGGUCUCGGAGCUGGAGCGGGCCCUGGAGGAACGGCAGCAAAUGCUGCUGCAGAGCACAGCGCGCCUGGCUGAGCUAGAGGACAAGGAAGGGCAGUUGGAGCACCAGGUGUCCCAUCUGGAGAAAGGUUUAAACCAUGUGACUGUCGCGGCCGAGAAGGACGCAGCCCUGAUUGAGAAGAAGCUACACCAAGCCUGCAUGGACCUGGAGGAUCGGACCAGUCAGCUGACUGAAGCAACCCAGGCUCUCAGUCAAGCCCAGGCCGACCUUGCUGAGGCUGACACUCGCUCAGCCGACCUGGAGCUGCAGCUGAGCCAGACCAAGCAGGACUGCGACAACCACGCGGCCAAGGCAACCCAGCUGGAGGGGGAACUGAGAGAGGCCAAGCUGCAGCUGGAGAACAUGACGGCCAAAGUGUCUGACCUGGAGGGGGCCCUAGAGACCAUCAGGCAGGAGAACCAGGCCCACCGGGAGCAGUCGCUGGAGCUGGACGGGGAGCUGAACCGGGCCCAGCUGGAGGUGCAAACAGCCACCAAGCAGCUGUCAGAGCUGCAGCGAGUGCUGCAGCGCAGCCGGGCUGAAGCCAAGCAGAAGCAGCAGAGGAUGCAGGAGCUCACCGAUGAGCUGAGGCGGAGUCAGAACGAGGCCAGGAACCGUGAGCAGGACAUGGCAGAGAUGGACGAGGCGCUGAAGAGCAGCCAGCGAGAAUUGCAGCAAAGAGCCACCCAGGUGAGCCAGCUGGACACAGUGGUUAAGGAACACCGCAGUGAAGCCGACCAGAAAAUCCUGCAGCUGGAGAACAGCCUAAGCAAGAGCCAGUAUGAACUGAAACAGUGCUCCAGAAAGAUUGGCGAGUUGGACGACAGGUGCGGUGAGCAGCAGGAAACACUCAAAGAGCGAGCCCUGCAGGUGCAGCAACUGGAGCAACUCGUGAGCAGACAGAAGAACGAGAUCGGCCACAAGGCUGCGGAAAUCACACAGCUACAAAAGAGGAUUGAGGAGCUGAGCCAGCAGUGCAGCAGCCACAGGGAGGAGGAGCUGGCCCAGGGCCAACAGCUGCGACUGACCCGGGAGCAGAUGCAGCGACACCACCUAGAGCUGGCCGAGGCCCGGCGACAACUGGCGCAGGUCCAGCGGGAGAAGUUGGCGCAUCUGCAGGAGAGCCACGCGGCGCUGCUGGCCUCCAAGAACCAGCUGGAGGCCAGCCACCGUUUAGAGAUUAGCCGGCUUAAGGACGCAGAGGCCAGGGGCAGGCAGGAGGCAGAGUCCCUCCGGGAGAAGGUCACCGGGCUGGAGAACGAGCUGCAGGCAAGGAAGGAGGUGAUCCAGGCUGCCAACGAGGCCAUCGUCAUCAAGGAAGCGGAGGUAGCCCGUUUGAAUGCCCGCAUAUCAGGCUACGAGAGGGCCACCUUUGGCACCCAGUUCACAACUCACGAGCCCCCCAACCACUCCUCCUCAGCCACCCCUAGCAGGGGUAUUGCCCCGUACCUCAUACCUCCUCUAGUGGCCCCCUCAUCCCCACUGUUCAAGUCCCCGAGAAUCGUGCUACGCCGAAGUGCCUCAGAUCACAACCUGCCGUCGUCCGGGAUCGGGGUGGACGCCGGCCUUCGCAACAGCUUCCGAGACAUGCACCUGCAAACUGGCAGUCCGCACCGUGGGAACCACUCCCGACACUUGACAGACACCGGCUACCACUCGCUGGGGCUGUACGGAAGUCGGGACGUGCAGGAGCCGAUGGUGGGGUACGAGCCGCGAGAUGUCCACUCUCGCAACAGGGUCAUGAAGGAGCCGGCCUCCCUGGGGCACUUCUCUGAUACUGACAGUGCCGAGGAUGCCGAAAACCUGGAAACCUUGCAAGGGAUGUUGGCAUUCGUGAACCGUCACAUCGCCAGUCAACAGCAGCAAGAUUCCGCCGCCCACAGUCACUCCCCCAACCCUAACCUAUCCAGUCUCACGGAGCAUGGGCACUCUCUGAUUGGCUUGACUCAAGAGGACUCGGAGCUGGCACUAAGUCUGUCCGAGAUUCAGGACGUUGGAGGGGAACGCUGGGGGAGCCCAAGUAAGGGGAGGGGCGGAUCCAGGACUUCUGCAGGGAGUAGGGGAGUCUCCCCAUCAUCCAAAUCACCAGAUAGAGGGAGGACCCAGGGCCACCAACCAAAGAUCAUGAAAUCAACCAACGGUUCUCCAAAGAUACUGCCUCUUAAGAAGCGUUUAGCCACACAGCGGGCCAAGCUCGUCAGCGGCAAGCCUUCCAAGGAGACACCACUCAAACCGGAAGACUGCAUGGCCGACCUGCAGGACAGGCUGCGGGCCAACGAUGAGAGGCGUCGCCGCAUCGACGACCAGCUCUACAACAUGAGGGACCACGCCCGCAAGAUCACCAAUCGCAUCCUGGGCAAGGACCCGGACGACGGAUGAAGAACCAAAAAAAAAACAUAGAAGGGAGGGGGGACCUUGCCUGGGCCGGCUCUGCAUUUGAAGGGCAUCCUCUAGCAGAAGACGACCAAGAGGAAAGUUAAAGGAACUAUCUUAAGGAAAUGUCUGUGGUCUUAUUGGUUGCUGUGUGCAUAAAGGGCGCCCUCUAUCAUUGGAAAGGAUUAUUCAGAGGACAGGUCAUAAAAAAAUUUCCCAGGAGUGCGAUGAGGUCAAGAUCAUUUUGCAGUCAUGCAUCUGUGCUGAGUUGCAGACCUCUGAUGGACACAACACCCAGUGUGGUUUUUGUACGCAUUCUGCAGAAAAUAAAAAUCUGUCAAAAGAAACUGCGCGAGUGAUGCGUGAUGCCCGUGAGCUUUCAGCAAUAUGUAAAGGGCUUUUUCUCAGACCUCCUUUGGUCACACAGCGCCACCAACAGCUCUCAGCCAGGGGGCUGUUUCCAAAUCAAAACUCAACAGUGAUUCAAUUUAAAAUUAUCUUUUGCCUUGAACAUGAAUUUGACUGUCAAGUGACAUUAGAGGGCAGCCAACAGUGUAUUCAGUAGCCGUAGCUUCAAGAGUUUUGAAUUAUAGCAUUUUCAGAAUAGCAAUACAUGUACAUCAGUAUUUGAAGAGAAAUGCCUUAACUAGCCUUACUGAGUGCCAUCCUUUUUGUACAGUUUUGUGUCAUUGGUACAUUUGUAUUUAAUAAGACUGAAACAUUCCUAGUGAAGAUGCCCCCCAAGUUAUCUGUGCCUUGUUUUACCGCGAGAGACAUUCAAUGCUGCCUAAUUCACCAUGGAAACUGUGAUGCACUUUAUGGAAGUGAUUACCUACGAGCAAUAACAAAACGUGAGAAUUGUUGAGGUAUAUUACCAAUUUCAGUAGUUGUAUUUAUGAAUAAAUGUGCCGGUCAUUACACAA